UUUCAGGAACUCUGUCAUCAGAGAGGGAGGGAGAGAGAGAGAUGUGAAUCGUGUUGCAUCCAUACAUACCCCCUUCCCCUACUGCUACUACUAAGUAUCACUUCCUCCCUGUUUUGGCAGAUGAUGUCCUGUCAAGGAAACUGCAUUCUCAGAUGUCCUAUUAAAGCAAAGGAAUGCAAACUUCCCAAUCUCCUCUCUUCGUCUUCUUCCCUUUUCACCACUCAGACUCAUCAGUGCAAAAGCCUUUCCUCUUCAUCCUCCUCAUCCUCCACCACUCUGUCUCUCUUGGGUUUCUCAACCGCACCUCUCUCAUCACCAGCCCACUUGUGUUCAUAUUUCAUUCUUCUCCUACUACACUACUACUACUACUAUCAGUACUCCAGCAACAACAACUAGAGCAACAACAGAGUGAGAUGCUCAGCUCAUUCAGUACUUCCCAUGAAGAGGAAGAAGACCCAUCAGAUCACCACUACCACAACCAGAAUCCGCUUGCAUCACGGCGCUUCACUUCUGCAGCAACUCAUAUGCGCCAAUUACUGAUCAACUGCGCUGAGCUCGUCAGUCAAUCUAAUUCUCCCUCAGCUCACCGUCUCCUCUCCUUCCUCUCCACCAACUCUUCCCCUUACGGCGACUCAACUGACAGAUUAGUGCACCAAUUCACGAGGGCCCUCUCGUACCGCCUCAACCGCCACACUUUACACAGCUUCGUCUCGUCGGCAGCCACGGCCACGGCAACGGCCACGGCCACAGUCACUGCAGGUGCCAGUGCCAUGACCCCCCUUUCUGUUGCUGAUAAUACUACUAUUACUCGUCCCAUCAUAUGCGGUGGAAGCUGUAGUGGUGGUGGUGGUGCAGCAGCCGACUCCGAGGCUCUUCAGUCCUCGUAUCUCUCCCUUAACCAAAUCACACCAUUCAUAAGGUUCAGCCACCUCACAGCCAAUCAGGCCAUCUUAGAAGCCAUUGAAGGCCAUCAAUCCGUCCACAUCCUCGACUUCGAUAUCAUGCAAGGGGUGCAAUGGCCUCCACUGAUGCAGGCAAUCGCCGAGCGCUCAGACCCAUCAAACCCUCCACCGACGAUCCGAAUCACCGGAACAGGCCAGGACUUGGACGCCCUUCGGAGGACCGGCGACCGCCUUCAGAGAUUCGCUCACUCUCUGGGCCUUAAAUUCCAAUUCAACCCACUCCUCCUAAACGAUCCUUCCUCCAUCGCUCUCCACCUCCCUCCUGCCAUUGUACUCCUCCCUGACGAGAUCCUCGCAGUCAAUUGUGUACUCUUCUUGCACAGGCUCCUCAGGGACGACUCCCGAGACGCCCGGCUCUUCCUCCGCACGAUCAAGGCCAUGAACCCUAAGGUGGUAACUGUGGCAGAAAGAGAAGCUAACCAUAACCAUCCCUUCUUCCUGCAGAGGUUCGUGGAUGCACUGGACCACUACACUGCGCUGUUUGAUUCCCUUGAAGCGACGCUGCCGCCCAACAGCCGGGAAAGGCUGGCCGUUGAGCAGGUUUGGUUUGGGAAGGAGAUCCUUGACAUAGUGUCAGCCGACGGAGACGACCGGAGACAGCGACACGAGAGGUUUGAGACUUGGGUGGAGAUGUUGAGAAGCUCAGGUUUUUCCAACGUUCCCUUGAGCCCUUUCGCCUUGUCUCAGGCCAAACUCCUACUGAGACUCCAUUAUCCUUCUGAAGGUUAUCAGCUUCAGAUACUUAACGAUUCCUUGUUUCUAGGUUGGCAGAAUCAACCCCUCUUCUCUGUCUCUUCCUGGAACUAGCUAGCUAGAACACCACCCCAGGCUCAUAUCAGUCAAUAGCGCCCCAACCGUAACGUUUUUUCUUAUUCUUUCUUGCUUAUUCUCAUAUUUUCCAACUAAUUAAGUGGAGUACUGUGAACCCAUUUAAAAACCAACAAGGAAAUUAAGGGCAUUUUGCUGAGUUUCUUAAAAUCCUAACCCUAAUUUACUAGGCCAUCCUCUCUCUCUCUCACGCUGCGCUGUGCGAUAGCUAGGAAUUGAAUGCAUGAAUUCUGGUGUCUAAACUCUGAAUUACUGGUUAUUCCACAGGCAAGAAUCCCGAUCCAUUCCAGUGCAAACCAUUACUUCAUCUUGCUCACAAGCAUCUCCACUGCUAUAUAUUAUAUGGUCGUUUGCACCAUCAUACCUCAUCACCUCCUGGGUGAGCUGGAACUAAUUUUCUUUUCCUUUCUUUGGGGGCCAUUUAGUUUAGAGUUCCAUCAUUCGGUACCUUUUUCUUUUUGGCCUUUGACGUUUCUAUUUAUAUAUAACUCUUGUAAGCUGUAAUUCAAAAGGCAAAUCCUCUUCUUUAAUCCAAAGGCAGCAGCUGUUUUGUGAAAAAUGUAUGAUUCCUAUACAUUCCAUGGAUAAAUUAUUCUAGAGGAUUAUUGUUAUAUAUUUUGUCUUGCUUCGAUCUAUCUUUUUUGCUUAUGUUGAUGAUGCUUCCUUCACCUUCACCUGCUGCCAUUUGUUCUAUUUUGAUGAAUUUCAUUUCAUUCAUCUAUUGUUUCUGU